AUGCUCGGUGCUGCAAUGCAACGGUUUGUCAAGAAGACCUGCGCGGCUUAUGACACAAGGGAACUCCCUCACGAGAUGGCUGCGCGAGGAAGACGCAAGGCUGCAAUGAUCAAGAAGGGUCUUGACUCAGGAAAGAACAUUAGUGUGACAACAUUUGCUUUGGAAAAACUGCGCAAAAUCUUGAACUUGGUAACCUACAAAUACCAUGCCCUUAGUGACUACAUUGGCAUGAUCCUCCGCUUUGAAACAACAGACUCGUACAGCACGCAAGUGGGUGAGCUCGCACACAAGGUAGUCAAAUGUCGCUACGACUGUACAAACAAGAACAACUUUGUUCCACAGCUGGCAAGGCAUGACGCUCGUGAAUGCCUCCUUCACAAAGUCGCAAAGCAGUCAGAUGAACAUCGUAGGCGCGAGCUAGUACGCACGCGCAGGCAGAAGUGUAAGUGGCCUGAACGGCUGCCUUUGUCUGACCCCACCGCCCAUUACCACAUUGCCAUAUCAAUAAGGAAGCACCUGAACGUGCGGUCUUGGAUUCACGACCACCCUGGAGACCCCGUGCUCAAGGAGUUCCUACCUCGCCUCAAGGAUCACCUCCUGGCACAUAUGCUAGGGCUCGCUUACAAUGGCGAUAAAUAUGUAACGGUCCUCUCGCAAGAGGAUGGCACCCCUGACAACCCAAUGCAUCCGUACUGGUACGCGCGUGUUGUUGGCAUCUUCCAUUGCAUGGUGCAUCACCACGGUCAUUCCUCUGAGCCCAAGCAAUUGGAUUUCUUGUGGGUUCGCUGGUUUGGCCUCGACACUGAUGCGCCAGGUGGGUGGGAUCUCAAGUGGCUGCACAGUGUUGCCUUUAUCCCCGAAGACAAUCCUGCCGCGUUCGGCUUCUUAGACCCCAAGCAAAUCAUCCGCGGCAUACACCUCAUCCCUGCAUUCGCACGUGGACACACCUCCGAGCAACUUGGGCCAUCCAUCUCUCGACAGCCAGCAGAGAACGAUGAAGAUUGGGAAGGGUAUUAUAUUAACAUGUUUGUGGACCACGACAUGUUCAUGCGCUUCGGCGGCGGUGGCAUCGGUCACAAGGGCACAUGGCAUCCCAAUACCAGCCUUCUCCAAGAUGGGCAAGCUGCACAAGUGCCGGAAGAGCCCUUUGACGAGGGAGUCGACGAGCAAGGCGGUACUGAGGAUGACGAUUCGGAAGAGGAAUCUGAAGAAGAGAAGGGAGAAGAAGGCCCUUUAACAGAGGAGGAGGAGGAGGAGGACUCUGACAAUGAUCCCGACCCGUUGCCUAAAGGGGACGGAAGGGAGCGGGACAAGCAAGUGCUUGCAGAGGAGGGUUACGGCAAGUUUUGA